GGAGUUCACUCUUGUUGCCUUGGCUGGAGUGCAAUGGUGUGAUCUCAGCUCACCACCACCUCUGCCUCCUGGGUUUAAGCGAUUCUCUUGCCUCAGCCUUCUGAGAAGCUGGAAUUACAGGCAUGCACCACCAUGCCCAGUUAAUUUUGUAUUUUCAGUAGAGACGGGGUUUCUCCAUGUUGGUCAGGCUGGUCUCGAACUCCCAACCUCAGGUGAUCCACUCGCCUUGGCCUCCCAAAGUGCUGGGAUUACAGGCAUGAGCCACUGCUCCCGGCCCAGAUAAUUCUUAAAUUCAUCCACCCAACUUUCCCAUCUCCACUGCUUCCCCUCUGGUCUAGGAGGCCACUGUCUCUUAACUGUGGUUCUAAAAAAAAUGCUCCUAUCUUCCAGCUUCCAGUCUUGCUGCCUUCCAAUCAAUUCCUCACUCAGCAGUAAGAAACAUCUUUUACUUAAUUUUUCUAAUUUUUUGAGACAGAGUCUCACUCUGUCACCCAGGCUGGACUGCAGUGGCACGAUCUCAGCUUCCUGCAACCCCCACCUCCCCCACCUGAUUCUCCUGCCUCAGUCUCCCCAGUAGAUGGGAUUACAGGCGUGUGCCACCACACCCAGCUAAUUUUUGUAUUUUUAGUAGAGAUGAGGUUUCACCUCCCAAAGUGCUGGGAUUCCAGGCAUGAGCCAUGGCACCCAGCCAGAAACAUCUUUUUAAAACAUAAAGAAAAUCAGAUCGCCAGGCGUGGCAGCGCGCACCUGUCGUCCCAGCUUCUCGGAAGGCUGAGGCAGGAGAAUUGUUUGAACCUGGGAAGCAGAGGCUGCAGUGAGCCGAGAUCUCUGCCACUGCACUCCAGCCUGGGAUACAGAGCCAGACUCCAUGUCAAAUAAAUAAAUAAAUAAAUAAAAAUAAAAAUAAAAAAGAAAAUCAGGCUGUUUUCUGCUUAAAAUCCUCCUGUAACUUCCUACUGUUAUACAUGUGGAAGUCCAUGUGGCCUAAGGACCUCCCCAUCCUGCCACCCCAUCUGUACCACCAUAGUAGGUGUACUAUGCUCCAAUCACACUGGCUGUGUAUUUCUUCCUCAAGAGCACCAAAUGCUUCCAAAUGCUUGAGGUCUUCUUAAGUGCUGUCUAUCUUGCUGCUCUGCCGCUCCACCCCUGCCUCUUUGUGUGCUCGUUUUUGUUUUUUUGAGUCCUUGUUCAAAUGUCUCCUCCUCUGAGCCCUUCUUGACACCCGAACUAAAAACUUGACUCUCUGCUCUGCCUCUCAUUAUUCUUUAUCACAACAGCUUGUUUCCUGUGUAAGACUUACCAACAUUUGUCAUUAUUUAUUUUUCUUUUACUUAUUUAUUGCAUAGCUCUUCUACUAGACUCUAAGCCCUAUGAAGUGAUACCAUAGAAGUAGGCCAACAAAUAGAUGCUCAAUAAAUCUUUUUAAGUGACUGGGUGAAGUGGUAGCAACUCAGGAGUAGCUUAUUUUUGUGAAAGCCUGAGACUAAGGAGAAAUUUAAUAAAAAGACAUCAAUAAGCUCCUUUAUAUGCCUCAUUAUGGCACAAUUGCUAGGUAGUUUUGCUUCAAGGUAGGGGCAGGACCAGAUGCUUCACUGACAUUCUCUCAGCACUGAGAUUCUGGGAGUCUAAAUGUUGAGAAUCCCACAAGCCCCUGUCAGUCUGAGCUAGCAGCUGCUUUGCAGAGGGGAGAAAAUAAAGUUACCAGGCAGAUGGGGUGGGGGAGGGGUGGGAAGCUGAAGGCAGUCAUUGCUAAUGGGGUAUGACAGAGCUGUGGGGAGAGGUUCGGGGGUGUGGGAGGACCUUGGCCACAGGAAUGCCUUUUUCCCCAGGAUAAAGAGGGCAGUGACGCAGAGCACAGGGAAGAGCAGCAUUUGAUUCAACCAAAGGAGUGGUCAAUGCAGCAUGGCGUGGUUGCCUUGGGAAGAGAUGCCUCAACCAGAGGCAGAACUAAAAUCUGAAAACAAAGAGCUUCCAAGCAGCAGAUCUAUUGCUCUGCUUCCACGCCUUUUGGCCUGGAACUUAGCGGAUUAGUGGACUUUCAAACCCUGACAGAGGUCAGAGGCAGAGGCAAAGAGAUCAUGCCUCCUAAUUUUAAACAAAAGAUUGCUUGAAGAGACCCCAAAACUCUCUUAAUCACAGGUUCUGCCUGGAUCAUGAAAAAUCGCCUUCUGACUGUUCAUCCUGCAACUUCCUUGCAGCUGAGGAAUGGCACCUUGUCAUCCUCAGUGGGCAUAACCGGCUUGCAGCCCCCAGUCCCUGUUUCACUGGAAGACAUCAGAAUCCCACUCUCAGUCUACUCAGCAGCCACACGGAAGCUGCAGCACAGCCAGCUUCCCACUGACCCACCCUGGCACACCUCUAAGAAUCUAUAGGUCCAGACCAGGGCAUAAAUCAUGUUAAGUUAUAUCUUCAAUAAAGUUAUCAUUUAAAAGAAUUUAAAGUGUCCCCACCCACAAGAAAGAAAGUCUGGACUUCUCUUGAAUAAGAUACCCCUCAGAACUGAAUCAAUAUUUGUUUUCCUUAAAAAAAAAAUACUUUGUCAUUGGGAUCAAACCAAGAGGAGUUAUAUUUUUCUGCAACAAUACUUUGAGCUUUCCUGUUUGAAUUUACUUUGUUUUAAAGGAGGUGAUGGCGUUGUAAUUUUAAAAAUUUGGUCCUAACUACAGAAUUGACUUAAGUAGUAGAGUUAAGUGAUUCCUGGAUAAACUAUCUAGCAAAUGGUAACCAGGAGAUUUAUUCCUUCCUUUAAUGAGUGUAGAUUUGAAUCUGUCAGCAACAAAGAUAGAGGAAGAAGUGUUUCUAAAAAGAGAUCAGAGAAGGACAAGAGGAUGGAGCAACAGGGAAGUGUAGCUGUCCAACAAGAACUGCAGCCUCGCUGGUGGGUGGGACCUGGUGGAGGAAGUGAUGUCUGAUUCCUCUGUCAACCAGACCCAUUUCCAAUUGGCUUUGUGAAUCCUAGGUGGUAGGUCCAACAAAAGGAUGAUGGCAUUUAUUUGCCUUUAUAUUAUUUUAAUACCUGUCCGGGAAAAAUGCAACACUCUGCCAACAGCCUUAGAAAUAGCAUCCCAUCUGGAUUGUUAAGACCACAGCAACCGGCACAUUCGACCAAGUUCUUAGGGUGAAGUCUCAGUAGGCCAGUCCAGGUAUAAUCUCACGCUGGUGGGUUGAGAGCGGGAAGCAAGAUGAAAAAUAAGGAGCAGAUCUGAAUAAUAAAUCACUGUUACUGGGCACCAUAACACAGACGAGAAAUUUUCCCCAUCCUCAGCGGGCUCACCCUCCUGCACAAGGAAUGAACUACAGGACAUGAUCUCAAACACCUACAGAUGCAUCUUGCAGGAAGUGUGCACCCUUCAAUGAAAGAUCCUCUUCUGGACUUGCUAUGCAGCUCAGCUGAAAUGGAUCAGGUCUCAAACCUGGUAAAGAUGAUCUUUCCCCUUGAUUCUUGGGUGGGGAGUGGGAGGUGAGACGGAGGUGGGCCUGAGUUUAUUUUUUAAAUCGUUUAUUCUCUUGGUUCUGUGGAAAACUGCAACCGCAUCUCCUCUUCCCCUUCACUCUCUUUCCCGGGUUCCCUCCCGAAGGAUGAAAGGAUCUGAAAGCCGCAUUUCUCCCCCUCAGCUAAGCCUGCCCUUUCUCCCCUUCCCAGGCAGCGGCACACAGCACCUGGAGCCCCAGCAUCGCCGACGUCUGACCCCGGCAGGCGGGCGCAGCGAGGGCGCCGAGCAGCAGCCUUUCUUUUUCCAGCUGCACUGGAGAUUUAAUUUUAAUUAAUCGUGAGAGCUUCAGCCCUGAGGAUUGAAUUUUUGAAAUAGAGCACACCCUGCUUGUUUCUUUCUUUUCUUUUUCUUUUUUUUUUUUUGCAUUUCCCUUCCACCCUCCCCAAUGGCAUCGAAAUUUAAAGAAACGAACGAGCAGUCUCACCCACACCUGCCCAGGGACCGACGCUGGCGGAGGUUGCGGACAGCCGGCGGGGAGCGGUUCUGCUCCGGGAGGAUGCGGCUUUGCCGCGGCCGGCGGGCGGGGCCGGGCCGGGGAGGGUGCGGGGUCCUGGUGGUCACGUGGGCUCGAGCACCGCCCUGCCCGCCCGCCCGCCUCGAAUGUCCCUGAGAACCAGAAGGGCCAGCGCUCAGCUGCUCUGGCACCUAGCUGCAGGGAUGGCUUCCUGGGCUAAAGGCAGGAGCUACCUGGCGCCUGGUUUGCUGCAGGGCCAAGUGGCCAUCGUCACCGGCGGGGCCACGGGCAUCGGAAAAGCCAUCGUGAAGGAGCUUCUGGAGCUGGGGAGUAAUGUGGUCAUUGCAUCCCGUAAGUUGGAGAGAUUGAAGUCUGCAGCAGGUGAACUGCAGGCCAACCUACCUCCCACAAAGCAGGCACGAGUCAUUCCCAUACAAUGCAACAUCCGGAACGAGGAGGAGGUGAAUAAUUUGGUCAAAUCUACCUUAGAUAUUUUUGGUAAAAUCAAUUUCUUGGUGAACAAUGGAGGAGGCCAGUUUCUUUCCCUUGCUGAACACAUCAGUUCUAAGGGAUGGCACGCUGUGCUUGAGACCAACCUGACGGGUACCUUCUACAUGUGCAAAGCAGUUUACAGCUCCUGGAUGAAAGAGCAUGGAGGAUCUAUCGUCAAUAUCAUUGUCUCUAUUAAAACUGGAUUACCGUUAGCUGUGCAUUCUGGAGCUGCAAGAGCAGGUGUUUACAACCUCACCAAAUCUUUAGCUUUGGAAUGGGCCUGCAGUGGAGUACGGAUCAAUUGUGUUGCCCCUGGAGUUAUUUAUUCCCAGACUGCUGUGGAGAACUAUGGUUCCUACGGACAAAGCUUUUUUGAAGAGUCUUUUCAGAAAAUCCCUGCUAAACGAAUUGGUGUUCCUGAGGAGGUCUCCUCUGUGGUCUGCUUCCUACUGUCUCCUGCAGCUUCCUUCAUCACUGGACAGUCGGUGGAUGUGGAUGGGGGCCGGAGUCUCUAUACUCACUCGUAUGAAAUACCAGAUCAUGACAACUGGCCCAAGGGAGCAGGGGACCUUUCUGUUGUCAAAAGGAUGAAGGAGACUUUUAAGGAAAAAGCUAAGCUCUGAGCUGAGGAAACAAGGUGUCCUCCAUCCUCCAGUGCCUUCACAUCUUGAGGAUAUGCUUCUGUACUUUUUAAAAGCUUAUAGUUGGUAUGGAAAACAUUUUUCUGAUUUUUAUAUGUUAUUAAUUAUAUCUAUGGAAAAACUAUUCCUGAAAUAUAUACACUCUUAUGUCCCAAUCAAAGUCUUUUAACCUAUGAUUUCAAAAUAUAUAAGUAACAGAAAUUAACAUAUUUUAAUGAUUUUACUUUUUAUUUCUAAGAAAAGUAUUUGAAAAAUGGAAUAAUUUUAAAUCAAUGAUAAUUCUAGGGAUCAUGAACUCCCAGAAGAUUUUAUUAUUUAAUUGUAAAGGUAGAGGCCAGACGCAGUGGCUCACGCCUGUAAUUCCAGCACUUUGGGAGGCCGAGGCAGGCGGGUCAGCUGAGGUCAGGAGUUCAAGACCAGGCUGGCCAACAUGGUAAAACCCUGUCUCUACUGAAAAACAACAACAACAACAACAACAACAAAAACACAAAUUAGUCGGGCGCAGUGGCACACAACUGUAGUCCCAGGUACUUGGGAGACUGAGGCAGGAGGAUCGUUUGAACCCAGGAGGCAGAGGUUGCAGUGAGCUGAGAUCAUGCUACUGUAGUCCAGCCUGGGCUACAGAGUGAGACUACAUCUCAAGAAAAACCCAAAAAACAAAAACACAAACAACAACAACAAAAUUAUAAAGGUAGAAAAUAAAUAUAAAUUGUGUCAUAAUUAAGAUUAUUAAAAUUAGAAUUAUACAAUGACUUAUUUUUGGUGGCAAAUACUUUUGGAGCAAUAAAGCCUUAUGGUAAUUA